CUCCGAGGACGUCUGUUUACCCGUCAGCCACACGAGCUGUAUAAGUGCCAUGGUCAGGUACGUACGUCAAAAAGACUAGUCGUCCAAAUGACAGCAGCUGUCUGAGCAUCUCUGAUUGAUAAAGGACCGACAUAAGGAAAAUUGCUGAUCCCUCAUUCAGUCAUCGAUCUCUCUGCCCAUGCAGUCCGUGUAUAACAAGCAAUACACAGCGAUAGCCAACAUUGACAUGGAUGCAAUACAAUACAGUGAUAAUGCAAUGGACAUACAUACGACUUAUCUUACAUACAUAAGUCAGUCACCGCCUCUCACUGACACUCCGCCUCUUGGUGGAGCCGUACCCCUCAGGUGGCCCCGGCCCCCUGGCGUGUUUCACUACAGGACUCGCCUGCCCGCUACUCUCUGGCCUUUCAUCCUCGCUCCUCUUCCGCCUCCUGCAGCACAAGGCCAGCACGAGUGUGACCAGCACUAGGGCCAGAGAAAUGUCGAUGGCAGACGGGACAAGGGCCGUCCACCUCAGCGAGGCCUCGAGGGCGUAAAAGGCCAUCAGGUUGAUUAUCGUGUGGUGGAGUGGCUCGAUGUGGGGGGCCAGCCGCUCCAUGAAGAUGAAAGGGUGGCCGUACACCUGACAGUCCGGGGGGCCACAGAUAAGAUACAUGGAUGUGUUGGUGAAUGCGUGGAUGGAAGGAGAGUAGCGUGUUGGUUUGAAUGCCAAGUCGCUGGGUCACCUUGUCAGGGUCUGUGUCGCUGGCGUAGAGCUGAUCCCAGAAGUCGCAGUCGAACAUUGACGCGAUGGCAUCUUCCUGGGUGCCCAACGUACUGCAAAAGCGUACCAACAACUCACACACGCCAGUGUUGCUCUCUCUCAAGCGUGUUGAUUGGUUGGCUUGCCUCACUCACCUCGUUUCCCACACCAUGGUAGCAAACUUGCUCUUCUUCUCGUAGGCCCGCCACGCCACCCUUUCAGCGUCAUAUGGCACCCGUAUCCUAGGGUCCCGCCGCAGCCCCCUUGACGGCCACUUGACAGUCGUUGACAGCUCCCUCUCCUCACCCUCAAUAAACUGCCGCAGGUACUCGAUAGAGGCCUCGCUGAUGGCCCUGUUCCUCUUAGAUGGUGGCGAGAGGAGAAUGGGCAUGUCGAUACCGUGGUGCGCGCCAGGAAAGCCCUUUGCCGCAGAGGGACGGUUGGACCAGAGACCAAGGAAAAGGGGCACGUGAUAGCUGGAUGCAUAACGAGCCACGAACCGCAGUGGGCACGCGAUGAGGGAAGCUGUUUGGAUCUCGGCCAGUGUUGCCCACGGGCCCUUCUCAGAUAGAGUGGCGUUGUAGUGCGCCCGGACUAGAGGACCCUGCAUUCAUCCAUCCAUGUACACACAGCCAGUCAUGGCAACGACAGACAGUGUCUUUUGUCUCUCGUGACCCGACCCGUGUGUCGCCAAAAGCGUUGUCAAUGAUGCCAUCAAAGGUGUCGUUUCGGAGCGUGGCGAGGACGCGCAUGAGGAACACGGAUGACUCGUCACGUGUGACCGUCAACAGCAGAGGCUUGCCGGCAAACGAUGCCUGACACACACAAGAAGGCAUAAGACCCAUUCAUUCAUCACCAUCGAUAGCUAUGGUGCAGGCAGCGGUGUGCAGCUGCUUGCCUCUUCGAACAGCCUGAGCACGUUGUUGGAUGGGAUGUUGACGCCAUCCGCCACGGGCAUCCUUGCUGACGGAUACGACGCGUCCCGGGACGCACUCCGACUCCACCCUCUCACAGCCCUGUCCACCCUUUUGGCGUCCACGUCACGUAACCCGUCAAUGGUCUUCUUGCCCAGCCUGUCCACCUGGCUCCCUCUGAGCUCCGUAGCCUCGUGAAGAUCCAGCAUGCCCACGCCGAGGACGGGAGAUGCGGCAUAGACACGCGAGAAAAGGGCGAUGGACGAGGGCGACAAGAGGUGGUAGAGGACAGACUGGGCUCCCGCUGAGAAGCCGGCAAGAGUGACGCGAUCGGGGUCACCCUGCAGCAGCAUGCACACACGAGAGGAAGCUGUGAUGUGAUAGGGGGAGAGUGUUGUCAGUAUGUGCUUACGCCAAAGAGCCUGAUGUUCCUUUGGACCCAUUGCAGAGCCGCCCGCUGGUCUUGCAAACCAAAGUUGCUGCCACCCUCCUCAGCUGAUAAAUCUGAACACAGCAUGACGCGACCCAGCAAAGACGGCACAUAGAGACGAUUCCCAUGUGUUGGUGCGCCAUCGGCUCUGUCAUACCUUUAUGUACAAGAAAACCCUCCAUGCCCUAUGCGAGCGACACGACACGGACACACACCAGACAGACAGACAGACAGACAAUUCAAAGCAGGUGACAAGACUGGCCAUCCGCUGCCCAUCUCUCUCUCUGACCAGGCGAUAGUUGGGCGUCACAACCACAGCCCCUAGUUGGGCAGCAAGGAACGUGCCGUUAAUCCACUCCGAUGCGCUGCCGACGGAGAAUGCGCCGCCGUGGAGAAAUACGAAGACCGGCCGCAGAGUGGGGGUGGGCGCCUCAAAGAUAGUUGACGUGCGCCUCGGGUCGCCGUGUCGGGAGGAGGGGAGAGAGGGGGCAAAGGUGAACACAUUCAGCUGCAGAAAGACAACAAAGACACACGCCACACGCAGAUAUCUCACUCAUGUCAUGGCUGCAUGGCAUGUUGCAGCUGUGAGGCCUGACCUACCUGCAGGCAGUCCAUCGAUUGAGGCAGCCGAGACUUGUAGAAGCGGCCAGAAACCGUCGACUGACGCACGAUGAUACACAGAAAAACAUACCCAACACUCAUGCGCAGAUGCGUCUGACAUGUCUGUGCACACGUGGCCGUAAGUACCUGAAUGCAGGCGACUUCCCUCCCUCGCCCAUCGUACACGCCUUUCCACCUGCAUGCAUCCGCACACACACACGCAUCCAUUCAUCAGAACCGUGACGACAGGCACCUAUCGCUCUCACCCACCUCUUGACAGGUUGCGGAGACCGCCAUCUCAGCGGGCCGACAGGGGGCGAAGCGAAAGGGAUGGCGGGGAAUCUGACGACUCUACCCUCGCCUCGUGAGGCCUUGGCGAAGGUUUCUUCGCCAAGGACGCUCCCUUCUUCGAGAUCUAUCACACAUGUGGUCGUCGAAUGACGAGGUCUGUCGCUCUGUUGACGAAUUGAACGCGUCACAUCAAGAAGGAGGAGGACAGACUGCAAGAGAGCCGUAAGGAACAUCGAUGGACGAAACGGAGGCGGAUCUUUCAAGGAUCGUUCUCACAUUCUUAGCUCGCACGUGGAGAGAAGCUCAGCGUUUGAUUUGGGUCAUGCAUUGGAUUGACGUGAGGCGAGCUGAAGCAGUCAGCCAGUCUGAGCAUCACAGCAGGAACGAAUGCAGGGAGAAGGCAUCCAUUCUUUCUGCGAUGGACAGGCUGGCUACCUCCCAAAGCCCAUCCACACCACAGUGAUGAUAAUGGCAACACCGGACAGACACCCGUCAGUCACAGAAAAGCACCAAGAAGACGGCCUGUCUCACCAGCUUGUGUUGAGUGUGCGUACCAGUCCCCCACGAUG